CGAGUCAGUUGAAUUUGAGUAGCACAAGUGACAAGAUGUUCAAUAAGAUUUUAAUUAUUUGCUUAUGCUUUAUAAGCUUAACUAAAGCUGGUGUUUAUACAGAGCGUCACUUUAGAGAUCCAGCACAUCCAGGCAAGUGUGUCGUCAAAGAUAAGGUGCUAGCGCCGGGACAAAGUAUCAAGCAUCCGGUAAUGGAUUGUGCACAAUUUACUUGUGAUAAUGCACAAGGCAUGGCAACCAUUGAAACCUGCGACCCGGUAAGCGCUCUGCCUUCUCCGCUUUCUUUGAUUAAGUACGAUCCGAAAGAUAAACCGACUUGUAAGUGGGGCGAAUUCAUCGACACAAGCGCAGCGUAUCCGGAUUGCUGCAAGCGACACUUUUCUUGUGUGCUCUGAAAGGUGCAAUAAUGCUGAAUACAAACAGUAAAAACUUAUCAUCUAAGUUGAAUUUAGAAUUUCAUCAAUAUAACAAUAUGCUAUAAUAAAA